UGCUAUUCAAACGGUCAUGUUAUGUCACUGAUAUAUUUGUGUGAUUCUGACACGAUAUCUAACACAUUUACUGUUUCAUAUUUUAUCUGUAAGGUGUAUUAAUGUUAAUAGAUGAAUAGCGACUCUUUUUAAUCAAAUGAAGCGUAUUUUAAAGUGAAGUCUGGUCGGAAUGUUUUUAACGUGACACAAGCUACAUAAAGGUGAAAGUUGAAGGGGAACAUGGCAGCAGGCAUCAGUGCUAAACAUGGAUUACUGAGCAGUAAAACGUCACUGUAUCACGCUCUUCACAGACAGAUUUUACCCAGCAUCUGUGUCCAGAGAGCGGCUGAGAUCCAGAGUGUGAGAGCGGCAACCAGCGCGACAACAGACUCCCAGUUCAAUGAGAAGUACUGUCUGGAGCUGGUCAGGUCCAGAGACUAUGACGGCUUCGUGUCCUCCCUCCUUCUCCCAGAGGAGGCACAGCGCUCCUCUUUGGCUCUGAGAGCUUUUAAUGUGGAGCUGGCACAGGUGAAGGACUCCGUUUCCCAGAAGACCAUUGGCUUGAUGCGAAUGCAGUUCUGGAAGACGGCCAUAGAAGAAAUCUACAGAGACGAGCCUCCGAACCAGCCGGUCAGCGCCGAGCUGUGGAGGGCGGUGAGGAAACAUUGCCUGACCAAGAGAUGGCUGCUGAGGAUCAUAACAGAGAGAGAGAAGGAUCUGGAUGACAGAGCCUACAGAAACCUGCAGGAGCUGGAGAAGUAUUCAGAGAACACACAGUCCUCUUUAAUAUACCUGCUGCUGGAGUGUUUAGGGUUGAAAAACGUCCAUGCAGACCACGCAGCGAGUCACAUCGGUAAAGCUCAGGGAAUCGUGACGUGUCUGAGAGCGACUCCUUAUCACAGCAGCCGACGGAAAGUCUAUCUGCCCAUGGACAUCUGCAUGCUGCACGGAGCUUCUCAGGAGGACUUCAUCCGCGGCAGCCGGGAGCAGAACGUCCGGGAUGUGGUGUACGACAUCGCCAGUCAGGCUCACGUACAUCUACAACACGCGCGAUCUUUUAGCAGUGAUGUCCCAGCACCUGCCAGCCUGGCCUUCCUUCAGACGGUGGUGUUGGAGGACUACCUGCAGCGAGUGAGGAGGGCAGACUUUGAUGUUUUCCACCCCAGCCUGAAAAACAGAAACCCCCUGCUCCCCCUCCAGCUGUACUUCCGCUCCUGGAAGAAGACCUACUGAAAUCAAUCCUCCUCCUCCUCCUCCUAAUCUUUCUCCCCCUGCAGUGAUCCCAGCUGAUUCACUGCCUCUGACUAGAGAUGAUACGCCGCUGCAGGACUGAAGCCCAGAGGACGUCACCUUUCCGGGGGAUUGUACUUGAAGCACACAUUGCCUCAGGUCCACACAGAAUCCCGGACUUGUUUAAACCACUGAAAUUUGUCUCCUUAAUAAAAACCACAGAUCACAGCAGA